AUGGCACCAACUCGCCUCAUACGCUUCGUAUCCAAGACAGACAAUCAGGUCUACUAUGGGCAUGCCACCAACAACUCGCUGAGCGAGGCCAAAGUCCUCGAACCAGGAAACCCCUUCUUCUCGGCUCCCACAACCAAUAGCAGUUCUCACCCCGUGGGACGCCUUCUCGGCCCCCUUGCGCGGGAUGACUGCCGUGGCAUCAUCUGCAUUGGUCUCAAUUACAGAGAUCACGCUGAAGAAGCCAAGAUGGCUAUACCCACAAUCCCGGUUGUCUUCCACAAGCCUAUCACAGCCCUGUCGGGCCCGUAUGACGACUUGAAAAUCCCCCGCGCGUCGUGGGAGAAAGGCGCGCUCGACUACGAAGCAGAGGAGGCUUCGCGAGUCUCCGAGUCGGAGGCGGCGGGCUACAUCUACGGCUAUACGGCCGGCAACGACUUCUCGAACCGGACGUGGCAGCUCGACCCGACCCUUUCGGGCGGCCAAUGGUGCCUCUCCAAGAGCUUUGACAGCACAGCGCCCAUCGGCCCGGCGAUUGUCUCAGGAGACCUCCUCCCAGAUGUUUCCACGGACAGCGGACUGACCAUCCGCGCGACCCUGAACGGCGAGGUCAUGCAGGACAGCAGCACGAGCCAGAUGAUCUUCAGCCCCGCCAAGCUCGUCUCGUUCCUCAGCCAGGCCAUGACGCUGCUCCCGGGAACGCUCAUCUUUACGGGCACGCCAGCGGGCGUGGGGCUAGGCAGGAACCCGAGGGUCGAGGUCAAGGAGGGGGACGUGCUGGAUGUAGAGAUCCAGGGCAUUGGCAAGAUAUCGAAUCAUGUUGUUUAUGAGAAAUGA